AUGAUGGCCGAAUGUCCGGUGAUAGCAUGGAUGGACGCAACUCCCUCGCGGUUCUUGUUGACACCCCUUUUUUACCUCACUCCCUUCACCCUGCAGUCGAACGCUCACCGCGUUGCCGAUAAGAGCGAUGAGGAUACAGUCGCAACCAACUCCAUCAACCCCUUUUCCACUUCAGAGUCCUCCUCCCUUUCCUCUUCACCAGUUACGGGGCAAGGUGACGACUCGUUGGCCCUACGGGUGUCGGCCUUUGGUCUGAGCAACUAUGAAGUGGGCUAUAAUCAAGAAUUGACCAACCAUAGGGCGUCAGCGGAAGCGAUGGCAAUUGAAACAGAGGGAGGUGCGAUGAUGUUAGGGGCAGACGAGGACGAAGCAGAGUUUGGCCUUCUGGAUGCCUCCCUACGCAACGCCGAAAUGCAAGCCACACUUGAGGCUUUCAAAGCUCGCCAUCCGACUCUUCCAUUGGUCAGAACAGAUGCAUGGCGUCAAGGUAGGCUCCCUGUCGAGGAACAGGUGUACAUGUUGCAUUUAUCCGGGUCACUAUUACGCUUUGGGGUACUUUAG